GAGACAUCUCUUGCCAAACUAGGACUGAAUUUCUACAGGGCUGGCAGCCUUUCCUUCUCCUCCUCUUCCUCUUCCUCUCGGCUGCUGCCCCUGCCCCAGGCUCUUCACCUGCAGGAAUUCUCGCUUCAGCUGCGGAUCAGUGCCAACUCGCUAUGGAAUCCUUUUUACAAAGGCACUUCAAGAAGAAGACUGUGUCGUCGGGGUCCCGACGCACCAGCAUAGUGGCUCUGCCAGCCAGCAAAGCAAGACGGCGCUCUGUGGUGGGCCAGCCCUCUGCCUUACUGGUCCAGCGCCGUCGCAGAUCCAGUGCCCAGCUGCAAGGGCUUUCCUGCUUGGGCUCUCGACGUAGGUGCAAGUGGUCUUCCCGGAGGCGAUCCAGCACCACCACCCCUCACCUGAGUCCUAGAUUUUCUGUUCAGAAGAAGCGUGGGGGCCAAGUGCACACCAUAGAUACUCACCUCAUAGGGCCAUCUCUGCUUCUUGCCAGUCUCAUCCAAGUGCAUGAGGAAGAGGCAACUUGUACUGAAAGCUCCAGCUCAGACUCCUCUAAGGAAGGGCUAGUGGAGAGUGACCAGAAUGAGGAAGUAGCCUCCUCGGACUCUGAAGGAGCUGGCCUGGCAACUGAGCAGGAGAGACAGGAGCUGCAAGCUGAGCUUUCAGCAUGUACUCGUUCCCCUGCUGAGCCGAGGCCUCUCUUGCGGGACCCUUACUACCUGCGCCGCAGGUCCUCCCACCUCCUACCUGCAGAGUUUGUACACAGCAAGGCAACCUAUGGGCUUCAAGGCCACUACAGAUACUUCAGCCAGCGGCGGCGCUCCAGUGAAACCUUCAGGCCAGGUGCUUUGCUCCAACCAGGCAGGAUGCAGCGGACUGCCAGGAGGUGGAAGGUGCUUGUUGGGACCAGCUGGCUGUCACUGACUGCACAUAAAUCCCCAGGAAUGGUUCCUGCCCACAGUGACUGUGGCAGCGACUCCUCUGAAGGCUGCAGUGCCCUGUUGCUGAAAGCUAUUGCUAAGUCUGGUCUGCAGCACAUGGUAACUCAGCCAACCCCUACAUUAUCCCUGAGAAGUGACUUGGAGAGGGAAAUUCGCAGCACUGUUGACUGGAGCGAGACUGCAGUUUACGGGGAGCAUAUCUGGUUUGAAACAAAUGUGUCUGGUGACUUCUGUUAUGUAGGGGAACAAAACUGUGUAGCAAAACUACUGCAAAAACCUCUGUCCAAGCGUAAAUGUGCAGCUUGCAAGAUUGUAGUCCAUACACCCUGCAUAGAACAACUAGAGAAAAUAAAUUUCCGAUGCAAGCCUUCCUUCAGAGAAUCUGGAUCAAGGAAUAUCAGAGAGCCUACUAUUGUUCGGCAUCAUUGGGUACACAGAAGACGCCAAGAAGGGAAAUGCCGUCAGUGUGGAAAGGGUUUCCAGCAAAAAUUUGCCUUUCACAGCAAGGAGAUAGUAGCCAUCAGCUGUUCCUGGUGUAAGCAAGCAUAUCACAGUAAAGUUUCAUGCUUCAUGCUGCAGCACAUUGAGGAGCCCUGCUCACUAGGAGCACAUGCUGCGGUUGUCAUCCCUCCCACUUGGAUUCUGCGGGUCCGGCACCCCCAAAAUCCACUAAAGUCAAGUAAGAAGAAAAAGAGGACAUCAUUCAAGCGGAAAUCCAGCAAAAAGGGGCCUGAGGAAGGGAGAUGGAAACCUUUUGUCAUCAAGCCCAUCCCAGCACCACUCAUGAAGCCACUGUUGGUAUUUGUGAACCCCAAGAGUGGUGGGAAUCAGGGAACAAAGAUAUUCCAGUCGUUUCUGUGGUACCUCAACCCUCGGCAAGUUUUUGAUCUCAGCCAAGGAGGCCCCAAAGAGGCGUUGGAGAUGUAUCGUAAAGUGCACAAUCUACGGAUUCUGGCCUGUGGAGGAGAUGGUACUGUGGGGUGGAUACUUUCCAUUUUGGACCAGUUACGCCUGAAUCCUCCACCUCCUGUGGCCAUCCUUCCUCUGGGGACAGGAAAUGACCUGGCAAGAACACUGAACUGGGGUGGGGGCUACACAGACGAGCCCUUGUCAAAAAUCCUAUCACAUGUAGAAGAGGGGGAGAUUGUGCAGCUUGACCGUUGGAAUCUACAGGUGGAACCAAAUGUUGAUGCAAACCCUGAAGAGAAGGAUGAGACAGCCACAGACAAGCUUCCUCUUGAUGUCUUUAAUAAUUAUUUCAGCCUUGGUUUUGAUGCUCGAGUGACACUGGAGUUCCAUGAGUCCCGAGAGGCAAAUCCAGAAAAAUUUAAUAGCCGAUUUCGAAAUAAAAUGUUCUAUGCUGGGACGGCGUUCUCUGAUUUCCUUAUGGGGAGCUCCAAAGACUUAGCAAAACACAUCAAAGUGGUGUGUGAUGGGACAGACUUGACACCCAAAAUCCAAGACCUAAAGCCUCAAUGUCUCGUCUUCCUAAACAUUCCAAGGUACUGUGCAGGCACCAUGCCUUGGGGGAACCCUGGAGAGCACCAUGACUUUGAGCCUCAGCGCCAUGAUGAUGGUUGCCUUGAGGUCAUUGGCUUCACCAUGACAUCCCUGGCAGCACUGCAGGUGGGCGGCCAUGGAGAGCGGUUGCACCAGUGCCGGGAGGUGCUGCUGACCACAUCCAAGGCCAUCCCCAUGCAAGUGGAUGGUGAGCCCUGUAAGCUGGGGGCUUCCUGUAUCCGGAUUUCCUUGCGUAACCAGGCCAACAUGGUGCAGAAGACCAAGAGGCGCAAUUCCAUGCCUCUACUUAAUGAUCAGCAGCCAGUUCCAGAACGGCUGAGAAUCCGCGUAAGCCGAAUUGGCAUGCAUGACUAUGAAGCACUUCACUACGACAAGGAGAAGCUCAAGGAGGCCUCUGUGCCACUGGGAAUUAUUGUUGUGCCGGGAGACAGUGACCUGGAAUUAUGCAGAACUCACAUUGAAAAGCUGCAGGAGGAUUUCCCUCCAUGCUCUUCUACUAUUCAGAGCCUAUUUCCUCAGGACAGGGAUGGAGCCAAACCAAAGACGCUGUCAUGCCAGAAGCUGUCCCCCAAAUGGUGCUUCCUGGACUCAACUACAGCAGAUCGCUUUUAUAGAAUAGACCGUGGCCAGGAACAUCUGAAUUAUGUGACAGAGAUCUCCCAGGAUGAGCUCUUUGUGCUAGACCCAGAACUGGUGCUCACCCAGACAGUAGGCACGUCUCCUGCCAUGCCUGACCUCGUCGAUGUGCCCUCAUCGCCCACAAGGCAACACCCCACUCCUCCAGCAUCACCACCAUCCACACCAGUCUCCAGCUCAGAAACAGGGAGCUGCCUCUUCCUCAAAGAUGAUGCUUUGAUAGAUGCGGCCAAGAAUAACGAUUUCCACAAGUUCAGAGAACUCCACCGAGCUGGAAAGAAUUUGAUGAUGCGCGAUCACAUGGGCCAAACAGUCCUGCAUCAUGCAGUCAAAUCAGGGAACAAAGAGCUUGUCAAAUACAUAAUUGAGAAUGCGCCUGCAGAGAUUCUGGAUAUGACAGAAGAAGAAAAUGGUGAGACCAGUUUGCACCAGGCUGCAGCCCUUCGUCAGCGCACUAUCUGCCAUUACAUUGUGGAGGCUGGGGCUUCACUGAUGAAAACUGAUCUUCAGGGAGACACACCCAAGCACAGAGCUGAGAAGGCAAAUGACCCUGACCUGGCUGCCUACCUCGAAAAUCGACAGCACUACCAGAUGAUCCAACGGGAAGAUCAGGAGACAGCUGUGUAGCACUGAGCGUGCCUUAUCCUUGCCGAGGGAGCAGAUGAGCAGAGCCGUGCAGGAGCCUGGCCAGCCUUUCCUUGAAUAUCCAGCAUGGGGAAGAUCCAGAAUAUUGUUUGGGCUUGGCCCUGGCACUGUUAUCUGUUAGCAUAGUGGGUGUUGAGCAGUGCUGACUCCAUGUCCCCCUCCUUCUGCCACCACAUUCCAUGGAUGGGACUCUGUUGCUGCUUGUUGUUCCAUUCUUUUGGCCGCCAGUACUACUGGGGGCCACUUACUCCCUCAAGCAUUGGGAAGAAAGCUCUUGGUUUCUUCCAACCGCAGAAGGAACUCCCACUUGUGCUGCCCUGAUGCUUGGAGUGUGAUGCCUGCAGCCCUUUCAGGUCACCUGUUGCUCAGUUCCAUCUGUCCCCCUGAUUGCCAGCAGUGGGUGCUGCCUCUCUCAAUAGAUUCACCUGGAACAGAACUACCCAUUGUCCUAGCAAUACUCAUUCCUAGAAGAAGGUUGCUAGAAGGUUGCUGACAAAUGUUUUGAAACACAGCAGAACGUAGCAAUGGGAAUGCUGGUGGUAUGAGAGAGCUCUGCCUCUGUUGUGAACAUACCAGUGUUCAGCUGCUUGUGUGGACCUUGCAUGGCAGUCACAUAGACAGUCCAAGUAACCAAAGCAAAUCAUAGGCCAGUCUUGUGCCCUUCCAAAUGCAGUAUAUACUUGCAUUUUUCUCCUUCUUUUCCCUGCUUUUCCUGUUAGCUCAAUACUGUGUGUCCCAUACUGCAGGAUUACAGGAUACAAGUGCCUGGUAUAAUCCAGGGAACACCAGACCACACCCCACCCUCCCUACAAUUUAGAGGAAGCUCCUCCAAGCUGACUUGAGCCUAUUGCACUAGUUGUUUUGAGCAACGUAUCUCCUUCCCAUCUUUCCUACUCCCCCAGUUUCCCUCCUCCAUUUUUAUGUACUGCCUUCCCACUCCACUUUGAAGUCAGGCAUUACCCUGAGCAGGCCAUCAGUGCUAGUCAGUUAGGAAAUAAGGGCUCUCAGUAGGGGGUUCUCUUCUUUCAGGGUCAUAUAAUCAUACACUGAGAUAAAGGGAAACCAUCAGCCAGUGCUAAUGGUAUACUGCAUCCUUAUAUGCAGGGACCAGUAGCUGGAAGUGCUAGCCAUAAAACAUGAAGAAGUUCCUGCAUAGUCUCCUUGAAUCCUUGUCUGAACAGAAAUUGUCUUUGCAGUUUAUUCCUGGGCAUACUCAUAUAUACACUUGACCUCCACAGUAUUCCAUUUCUCAAGGUUGCUCUGAAUUAUUGUAAUCUGUUAGGCACUCCCUUCUAUCUUGCUUUGGUUCCUAAAUUCUUUGCUUAACCAAAACAUAAAGCUAAUGUUGGAGGAACUCCUCUUUUGGCAUGGCCAGGAACGAGCAAUAGGAAUCUUGUUUUCAACAAGGAGGUCUACAUUUUCUCCCAAGUAUUCUGGUUCCGUUGCCUUUAACUGGCUUGCAUAUCUCUAGCUGCUGUAAAGCUAAUUUCAGUCAUCCUCAAAACAUACUGAAGAGGCAGCCAGCUGGCCUGGUCCUGGCUUCAUAUGGAAUGGGAGAAAAACUCACAGAGAGGCCCAGUGACUUGCAGUUGCAGCCAGGAUUGCAGUUCUAAUAACAUCAGUGAGUUACGGGAUGGAAAAUACAACUGAGCCUUGGGAAGACAGAGCUAGCUGUUGGCAAAACACUUGAUGAGUACACCUCUCGUUUUAGGGCAAGAAUGCCUAAACCUCAGUGCUCAAAGGUGUUUGCUGAAAUGAUUGAUAGAUCAUUAGUCUUACAGUCUUUCUAUAGGAUCAUAACGACAUGGGUCUGCGAAGGACUACUGAGUAUUAGGAGGUUAUGUGUGGCCUACUUAACAUUAUUUACACUGCCACCUUUUAGGGGACAUGGGAGUCAGACAAGCUUGUGGGAGGAGUCUGCACACAAGACGGAUCAGUAUUUGUUUACUAUAGAUGCAAGGGUUAAAUUUGGUAGGAGGAACUGCAAAGAUCUGGCAGGAUUUUCUACAUUUUGGAAGGCUUAACAGGAUUAUGGUCAGGAACUUGCUACAGUUCAUUCAGCUUUCAUCCUUCAUUAGGGAAUAACUUGAAUCUUCCUGGAAGCUUAUCAUCCUUCAAGACUGCUUUUCCUUACUUUCCCACCUAAUGCUCUUCUGACUUUAGAGGUAUUGAGAACCGUUGAUAGCUACCAAAAUCUUGACACUUGCUGAUUGUAUCCAUUUGGAUACAUUUGUGGAGUUAUAUUCCUGGUCUGCAUCUAGACAUGACACCAUGCAGUAAAGGCCACACACAAGCAGUCUUGCACAGUGCUAUGGACAUAGUCCCCGGAUGAGAUGUUGACAAUCCUACACCAGACAUUCAUUCAGAUUUCAUCUCUAUGACAUACUUUUUCUCUGCUUUCCUCUUUAGAGGUGUGGCAGUAAAAUAACAAAGGCUCUUUUGGCAGUUUAAGCUUUUGGCCUUGCACAGCUGCAGUAACAAUAAUGGCUACUUCCCAUCCUAGAUGAUGGAUAAUAUGGCUCAGGUGAAAGAGAAUGUCCUGAUGUACAAAGGACCCCACCCCUGAGCUGUGGCAGGGCUCAUGUUUUGGUUUUCUUUAAUUGUAUGCUUUGUAUAGAUUGGUCUACAGGCCAUCCCCUGGAAGUGUUUGAACCCCAUGAGCCUGCGAUUGUUUUUGCCCACCCUGUUUUUUAUGUCGUCUUGAACUUUGUACAGGUAGUUCAAAGCACACUGUUUCCCCACCUUCUCUGUAUGUGUGUUUGUGCAUGUGUGUGUGUGUCCUAAGCUGAGUUGCUGUGCAAUUCAAACCUUGGCUUGUUUUACUCCAAGGGGAAGGAGUGUGUUUGAGGGUGGAUUUUUUUUCCCCUGUGCAAUACCUACUUCUGUCUCUCAGAUUCAGACUAUAGGACACAUUUGAUUGACUGUAUUUUUUGUAACUGUGUUGGAAGCUUGUGCUUCUAUUGGCUUUGACAGUUUAAACGUUUUGUUGGGUUUUGCCAUUAAAAUAUAAUGAUGGACAUUUUA